UAGCGUGUUAUACAAUUAAAGCACCUAGUUUCUAUACUAAAUGUUAAUUAUUAUUUUGAGAGUUAGAAUAAAUAGCACCGGAGAAGUUUGAACAUCUAUAACAAUGUGGUUGUAUCUGCGUCAGUGAUAUAGAAUAUGUUACACCCAAAUAGUGGGUUAUUAAACUAUUUCAACAAUGGGAGUAUGUGCCAGUUUAAACUCAACGAUUAAAACAAAAGGUGAUGACGAAAAGACCGAUGUAGAAAGUGGUGAUAUAGGCGAGAUAAAAGAAGGUGAUAAUGAGGAUACUGUUAGUGCUGGUUCCAAUGAACGCUCUGACAUAGAUGAUAUAUACGUGACGGUAGCGAUUGAUAUAGGAACCUCAUAUAGUGGAUACAGUUUCUGCUUUAAAGAUGCUUGGAUGGGUUUUAAAGCCACGACAGAGCCAGAAGAAAAAGUCCCAACUGUUCUGCUUCUGAACCCUGAUGAAACCCUCAACUCCUUUGGACACGAUGCCAUAACGACGUUCAAUGAAAUGGAUGAGGUAAAUAGACGGGAGUGUUUUUAUAUAACGAACUUUAAACUUUGUCUAUACAGAGUGAGCAAAUUAUCGUUUCAAACAACAUUGAAAGCUGGAAAUAAGCACAUAAAUGCUAUGCACGUUUUUUCUUUAGCCAUUAAACACUUCAUGACAAUGGCAUGUGAUACAAUUUUCAAUCACAGUGAUGAACAAAGUCAGGUGUCGGAUAUUAACGAAGAAAAUGUUGACUGGAUACUUACCGUGCCAUCAAUAUGGACGGAUUCUGCGAGAGAAUUUAUGCUAGAAAGUGCCAAAAAGGCGGGAAUUAUGCCCGAAAAGCUUCGUAUUGUCUUAGCAUCAGAAGCCGCAGCUAUAUAUUUCCGAGAAAACGAAUUGCUAGAAAUGGUACCAGAAUCCGAAGAAGAGACAGGAACGACUGGUUUUAAAUACAUUAUGGCUGAUAUAGGAGGGGGCGUUGUUGACGUGUGUGUGCACGAGGUUCUUGGGGAUCAACGGAUUCGUGAACUAUACAUGUCCACUGGCGGAGACAUAGGGAGUUCCGCCAUAAACUCGGCCUAUUUAAUAUUCCUAGAGAGUUUAGUCGGCAGAGAGAUUUGGACUGAAUUUAGGACGCUUCAUAGAAAGAGUUACCUGGACAUAAUAAACAAUUAUGAACAGGUGAAAAGAACAUUCAGUAUGACAAAUGAUGAAAGCUUGAGACUUUUAUUGAAUAAAGAGUUAGCACAAACGUUUAGUAGAAAGACUGGAAAACGUCUAAAAACCGUUGUAAGUGCAAAUUUUACGGAUGAUUCAGUAAGACUCAGCGAAGACGAAGAAAAAUUGUUUAUAAACCAAUCACUGAUGGAAUUGUUCUUCUGUCCGGCUGUCGAUGAUAUUCUAGGGAAGAUUAAUAAAGUAUUGGUCGAGUGCAAUGAUCCGGACUUGAGUACAUUAGUGCUAUCCGGGGGAUUUGCGGAGUCUCCAUACCUCCAGGAACGUUUGCAAAAUAAUUUGCAGAUAGAGACAAUGCUUGUCGUCAAAAAUGCCUGCUCAGCAGUUCUUCAAGGCGCCCUGCUCUUGAGCGAUUUACCACCGGACUUCAUACAGCGAAGGUCAAGGUUUACCUAUGGCUUCGAUGUGACAGUCCCUUAUAUUGCGGAUGAACACCCUGAGUCAUUGAAAUUUUCUGACGAAGGAUCUGAUUGGUGCAAUGGUGUUUAUGACAAGGUCAUUGAAAAGAACCAGCUGCUGGAGUACGGCCAAAUAUUUAUACGGAAAAGGACGGGCCAAGCUUUGGAUCCAGAAAAGAAACACCAGGAAAGAUACGCUUCAUUAUGGAGAUCUACGAAUGAAAAUCCCCGCUUUUGUUUGGCAAACGAGGAGGUUCAAGAGGUGGGCGUAAUCGUUAUGACACCUCCCCCUGAAGGCUGGCCUGACCAAUGGGAAGCCGAAAAUCGCCUGAUUGUGGGAGAGAUUGGGUUCACAGUGAAAAGGGUAGACAAAAACACGGGACAGGAAUAUGAGACGACGAUGACAUUUCUACAAUAAGCAUUUAUAUUUGAACCGUUGAUACAUAUUAUUUCGGAUUAGGCAUGUUAUUCGUUACAUUUUGAAGAUUAUACACUGUUUAGUAAAAACAAAAAUCGUAACCUUUUGAAGAUUAUACUGUUAAGAAAUUACAAAUGUAGUUAAGAAUUGCUCAUCACAUUACUUUGCACUGUACUUUGGAAUAGAAAUAAAUCAAAUCUUAUUUUCUUUA